CACUUGCAUUUUUAAUUUUUUUUGCACGAAAAUAUUAUGGUCAUUUCAAAGAAGUAAACGUAUUGUUUCAUUAGAAUUUUAAAUUAAAUUAAAAUUGAUUUUGUUCAAGAAUCGAUGUGUGACGCAUCUUGAUCGUUCUUUCUGUACCUAAUUUUUCAAUGCGAUGCUGGAAUUGCUGGAGUUGGAUGUAUGUUUAUGUAUUCGUUUUGUACUCGGUGAAACAUCGACAAUAAUAUCCUGCAAGGUAUGACAUAAAAAUUAAAAUGGACUUGAGAGAUAAUCACAUUUAUGAUCGAUCUGCACAUGUACCAAGAUUAGAAGAUUUGGCCAUUCUCACCACCUCGCUAGAAUUAUGGAAUAUUAGUUAUCAUAAUUCUAAACCCAAACAUAAUAAUUUCCGUAAAAAACCAUCAGAUAUUGUGAUCAACGAACUCGGUGAUAACAUUCCAUUACCUGUUCGCAUCAAAAAAAGAAUCAAAACACUAUGUUUCCAAAUUACGCGCGAAAUCGACGAUUUCCACGCACAUAAUUUUUGCGUAGAAGAACUGUGUAACUGCCUCGAAGUCGAAAGUACGUGUUUCUAUCCUCAUGGUGUUGUCUGGGAACCAAACGGUUACAUCAAUGGUAAAAAAACAGCUUUGAAGGCGUUAUUUUGCUCUAAACGAAAACAGGAUUAUGACUUAAUGUUCGAAGUAAUGGCCAGAUUUUGUUUGAAGGAUUGCCUAGCAGAUUUCCCGAUUAGCUUGUUGGAUAAGAAGUAUAUUCAAAUGAUAGAGAGAGGCCGGUCAUCUGAUCUUGAAAAGGUGCAACAUUACUGGCUUCGAUACGUGAGAGGCCAAAUUGUCGAGGGCCAAAUGGACCCGCGAAACCUACCGUUUCCUAGUAAUUUUGUUCCACAUCAGCCUGACCUGCCUUACAUGCCUUACUGGGUCACUCACUUGGUCAGGCUCAGGGUCCAUGAACCAAGUUUCAAAUGCGAUGGGGCUGUCGUCUUGUAUUUCUGGAAUUAUUUAUCAGACAUUCAGAAAAUAAACCUAACUAGAAACCUAAUUCGUUACGAUCGUUAUCGAAGAUACCAAAUGGUGUUGUUUUCUAAACUCAGCGGUGAUCAGCUACGACAGGUGUACGAAAAAGAUCCAGUAAACAUUAUAUUGAAUUUUAUUUCCCUGCAAGAAUUUGAGCUGGCGAAUGCUGCAUUUGAAUAUUAUACAUCUACAAUAUUAAAUACGAUACAUUAUGAGUUUAAUAAAUUUCACGAUUUUGAUGGUUUGAUCAAAAGUAUCUUGAUUUUUGGAAUGAAAACUGACGGAGACAGCAACUUUAUACAUUGGCUGAUUAGCGUAUGGGAAAGUGUACCCAAAGAACUCAUCGCUUAUAUGAUGAGCCAUAGAAGUUCUACUAUUAAUGCUAUUUAUUUUGAUCCAGAUAACAAACCAUCUGUAAAUCAAGAUAGUUUGGAAUUUUUGAAAGCGUUUCUGUCACGUGCUUCAACCAAGUAUAAGAGUAAAUUUUUUCAAGAAAGGGGAGAGUAUUUAAUAUGCAACUAUGAUACGAAUAUCUGCAAGGUUUUGAUGGAACACUGUUUAAAAAGUGUAAAAUCGCGGCGAGAAAAUAAAGAAAAGUUAUUGCUAAAAGCGAUAAAGUCGAAAGAAAACGGUCCAUUAAUUAAUCGUUUCAGGGAUACAUUGUUCUCAAGUCACAAAGAAUUUCUUAAUUUCUUGAAAUUUUUUACGAAAAAAUCCGACUUGAAAAUGCAAUUGCAAUUGCGAUUAUCCCAACCCGGAAUUCUUGUAAGCGAAAAGCUUCUAGACACCAUCACGUGGAAUAACGUGUCGAUGUGGGUAGAUGAAGUGUACGCGAACAAUGCAGAAGAAGCACGUUUGCAAAAAAAGGAAAUUCUAUUUUCAUUAGACCUAUUGGAUAGUGGUCUAACGCUCUGUUCAUUUGAUGGCAGUGAAUACGUUUCAAAGAUCGAUAACCUCACUAAACAAGUUUUGACAGAAGUAGAAAUCAUCAUUUUCAAAGAGAAAAUCGCCAGUUCUUUCCUACAUGCUGCAUUUUACGCCCAGCAUGGUGAAACUUUCAUGAAAAUUAAUUUCGAUAAAUUGAUUUCAUGGUGUAAAUGUGGAGAUGAAAAUAAAAUUUCGCAGUUUAAAAGCUCGUUUCCGAUAGUAAAUGCAUUUCACCUUGUUAUGAGCACAAUAAUACAGAGAUACGUCACUCGAAAAGAUGCUGAAUUAUCAUUUUCCUCAUUAGAUGAGCUUUUACAUUGGUAUUUGCAAACGCCUAAUGAAAUACAAGAGUUCAAAGUUUGCCAGUUGUACGAUAUUAUGAGAGCUAAUACUCCAUUUGGAUAUUCUGGUGGGAAUUAUCGUGCAGAUGUAGUAGAUCAAAUAAUGCGAUGGUUUUUUUGCGGUGAUUUGUUAAACAUGAGAAAUUUUGAGUGUUAUUAUGAAGCAGUUUGUAAUGUAAGAUAUAAGAUAUACUGGUAUUAUACGAAUAUUUGUUGACUGAUUUUUAGAUUAGUUUAUUCAGUUUUUGAAUUGGUUAUAAUUAAGUAAAUUAAUUAUGUACAUGACUAGUUUGAG